UUUGUCAGUGACCUGACGUGUGUAACCCUGUUACCAGUAAAUUAAUACGCGAGUUACUGCCAUAAGUUCUUAUAUUGAGUGUGGUAAAACUUAUUCUUCUUCUUCUUCAGAAACAGUAUUAAUGGACUGUGAAGUGAAAGGUGUGAAAGUCACGAGGCGCAUAUGAAAUUUCCUCAUUAAUUUUACUGAAAAUUCCACGAUAACUGGAAUAAUAAUUAUGAAGAGCUCAACUCAUUUCCUAUUCCUUGUAGCUGCUUUUGCCCUCCGCGGUGCAUACGCCCGUAACCCGAAUUGGGGAUUUACGGAACAUAUGUUAAACUAUGCUAUGGAGAUGGUUAAACACGCUUCAGAAGAGCCCAGGGAUGAAGUCAACAUCCUACCUGAAUACGAUUUUAUUGUUGUGGGUGCAGGCUCGGCUGGAUGUGUGGUUGCCAAUCGCCUGACUGAAGUGUCACAGUGGGACGUACUUCUACUGGAAGCAGGAGGGGAAGAGAACUACAUAAUGGACAUACCUGUCGUUGCUAUGUUGCUUCAGUUCACGGACGCCAACUGGAAUUAUAAAGGCGUGCCUUCAAACAAAACGUGUCUUGGUUUAACGAAUAGACAGUGUUUGUUUCCACGUGGAAAGGUCAUGGGCGGUAGCAGUGUUUUGAAUUACAUGAUACAUAACAGGGGGAGUCGGAAAGACUAUGAUUUAUGGGAAGAUAUGGGGAAUAUUGGUUGGGGAUACGAAGAUGUUCUGCCAUAUUUCCUCAAAUCCGAAGAUAUUGCUAUUCCUGAACUGGCAAAGAACACGAAGUACCAUUCUACAGGAGGAUAUAUGACAAUAAGUUACCCUCCUUACCGCACUCCCUUGGCAGAAGCUUUUCUUCAAGCUGGGAUAGAGACAGGUUAUCAAAUAGUUGAUUAUAACGCGGAAACACAGACCGGGUUCAGCUUCAUUCAAACCUCAACCAAGAACGGCACUAGGUGGAGUACUUCUAGGGCUUUCUUGCACCCAAUUCGUGGUAGAAAGAAUCUACAUGUUAGUAAGCGAAGUUAUGUAACAAAGAUUUUGAUAGAUCAUGACACUAAAAGGGCAUAUGGCGUAGAAUAUAUUCGUAAUAAGAAACGAUACGUGGUGCAUGCCAGAAAGGAAGUAAUAUUAUCAGCAGGUGGAAUAAACUCUCCGCAUCUCCUGAUGCUCUCUGGUGUAGGGCCCAAGAAACAUCUCGAAGAUAUGAACAUUCCUGUCAUUGAGGAUCUGAAGGUGGGGUACAAUCUUAUGGAUCACAUGGCGGUGAUUGGGAUCACGUUUCUGGUAAAUGAAAGCGUCUCUUUGCGCUCUGACAUGGUGUUUCAAAAUGGCAAAGACCUUAUAGAUUACUUUCGAUAUCACGAGGGUCCUCUUACUACCGCGGGAGGAGUCGAAGCGAUAGCGUUUUAUGAUACUAAGAAUCUCAAGGGUAUCAAAGGUUAUCCAGAUAUAGAAUUAAUUUUCAUAGGAGGUUCAAUUGUUUCUGAUCCAACUUUAAGGAAGACAUUUGGUAUCAGUGAUUAUAUUUACGAAAGGACGUAUAAACCAAUUCAGAAAUCACACGCAUGGAUGAUAAUACCAACUCUUUUAGCACCUAAAAGUCGAGGAAGAAUCAUGUUGAAAGAUAACAAACCCUUACACAAGCCUCUUAUAUUUCACAAUUACCUUCAGUAUUCAGAUGACUUGGAGACAUUACUAAAAGGAGUGAAAUUAUCUGUAGACCUGAGCGAAACUGAAGCGUUUCAGAAAUUUGGUUCCAAGUUGCAUGAUGUCCCAGUGCCUGGUUGCGAACAAUUUGCCUUUAGAUCCGAUGACUACUGGAGGUGCAUCAUAAAACAUCUCACAUGCAGUAUGUUUCACGUGUCAGGAACCUGUAAAAUGGGACCUGCGUCUGACCAAGGGGCUGUCGUAGAUCCCAGGUUGCGGGUGUAUGGUAUUAAAGGAUUAAGAGUUAUAGAUUCUUCGAUAAUGCCCGUUGUUCCAAGGGCUCACACUAAUGCACCAACAGUUAUGAUAGCUGAAAAGGGGGCUGAUCUAGUGAAAGAGGACUGGGGACAGUUAGGAUAAUUCAAAGUCACGAACCUCAACAUCUCAUAACCCUAUGGGCCUCCACGGCCAGUUACAGGGUAAGUUUACUUACUUACAUACAUGCUCGCCGUAAACACAGAAUCUGUAAUUAAGGACUACAGUGUAAACUCGAUAAUUCGAACUAAUUAAAGUACUGAUGUGUUGGUGCUGUCGAAUCGCUCGGAGUAUUGUAUUUCAAAUACAAAUUAGAAUUUUUAACAAAAUUAGUUAUGCAAAAAUGUAUUAUUAUAUUUUAUAAUAUUGUAUUUAAGCAUCCAUGAUGUACGUAUUGUAGAUAACAAAACUGAUAAUAACACUUCAUCAACAUCCUUAUGAGCUGCACAAAUAGCACACAAGUACAACUACAAAUAACAUUAAUAUGUGUAAAUCUAGAAAUAUAAUUGUAGAACACAACACAUAAUUUGUACAUUAUAGACAAUACCCCAACCGGAAUGGAGUGUUGCACAAAUAAAUCCAAAACAGAAGAUACCCCAGAAAAUAUAUUUUAAACGAAUGGACGAUGAUCACAAGGAAAACAGUAGGCCGUUAAUUAAUUUUAAUUAACUUUAAUUUAUUUUAAUAAUACUCAGUAUUAUUCUUUCAAGUGGUUGAUCAUUAAUUAAAAAUUGUGUCCGUUUUCCUUAGCUUGAUCUUGAGAAUUUCUAAACAUCUUUCUUCCAGUUACUCCUUGACCUUAGUUUAUAUUCCUCAGUUAUGUUGUUUGUGUACACGUAUGUUUGUAUAGCUACAGUGCCAACAUAUAAGAGUGUCUCGAAAGUUGCUCCAAGGUUUUGGGAGGCUGUAUUUUCUUAAUCACUAUACGAGAAUUUCUGGGAAGAUCUAACCGACUAUUUUUCUUUUGAUACAACUCGGACCUAUGGAAAAAGAAAAAAUUAUGGGGAGAGACAGGCACACAAACGACUCUUUGCCUACCAACAAUAAGGGAUACAUACAGAAACACAGACAUCGAAGUGAUCACAUAAGCCUCAUAAUCUUAAAAAAAUAGAAGGAAGGGGGACACAGACGAAUACAC